AUGAAGAUCUCGGUUAGCCUUGUUUCGGCGCUGGUCGCCGCCGGUAUCGUUGAGGGGCACAUUGCCGCAUGGGCCGAUGGCAUGUAUUGUCGAGGUGGGAACAACACUGUAGUAGACGACUCCAACACCAACCUGGUAGUCAACCCGCUCUACCAACUCCCAAAAGCCAGGUGGUGGAUGCAAGCCGACCGCGGAUGCGACAAAGUGCCCCCUCCAGCGGGCCAGUUCCUCAACCUACCCGCCCGGGGCAAGUUUACCGUCGACCUCGGGGCCAAUCGCGGCUGCACGAGCCUUUCCUACGGCGGCAAGACCGCGACGCAGUGGCCAGACUGCAGCGAACACCCAGACGACUGGCAUGCGCCUGGGCCGGGCAAGUGUCUCGUGGAUAACCCGGACGUCAAAGGAGGGGCGAUGCACACGCAAAACUAUACCACCACGGCAGGCACAGCAUUCGCCAUCAGCUAUCAGUCAGAUAUCAGAAAGGUGACGAUGGAGAACCUCGUCGUCUUUUCGGUUGUCGAGCACACACCUUGGAAACGCGUAACUUUGUACCAAGUUCCGGACUUGCCUGCUUGCCCGGUGGGAGGCUGCUACUGCGCCUGGCUCUGGGUUCCAGAUGGAUGUGGCCAGCCCAACAUGUACAUGCAAAACUUCAAAUGCAAUGUUAGCAACGCCGUGUCCACGAAGCGACUGGGUAUCGCUAAGCCGCCCGUCGCUUGCCGAGAUGAUUCGAAGAAGUGUGUUGCUGGACCGAAGCAAAUGAUUGCUUGGAAUCAAGCCGAAGGAAACAACGUGCCGGAUGUCGGUUAUAGCCCCGGAUACAACGCCAGGAUGGGUUUCAAGCCAGGUGCCCAAAAUGACAUUUUUGUCUAG